AUGCCAGUCUAAAUUUUAACUUCCGGUAAAAUGGCUUCUUGCAAUAGUUUCUGAAAUGCCGUUAAUACUUAUGUGCGGUUUUCCGUCCAGCGGAAAGUCAAAAAGAGCAAACGAACUUGAAAAGUACUUUUCUAAUGAGUGUCAAAAGAAAGUGACUGUUAUUAGUGAUCACACGAUAGGUGUCAAUCGAAAUGAAACUUACGACGAUUCCAAGAAAGAAAAGAUUGUGAGAGGAAAUUUGAAAUCAUCUGUACAAAGGUGUUUGGAUAAAGACAGCAUCACAAUUUUAGACUCUUUGAAUUAUAUAAAAGGUUUUCGAUAUGAGUUAUAUUGUGUUACAAAGGAGUCACAAACCACACAAUGUUUGAUACAUUGUAACACAGAUUCAGUUACAGCUUCACAAUGGAAUCUCCAAAGAGACCCAUCUGAACAGUAUUCUCAGGAAAUUUUUGAUGGGCUAGUGAUGAGAUUUGAGGAACCGAAUGGCUCUAACAGAUGGGACUCUCCACUGUUUAUUGUACAGAAAGACGAUACAUUACCAUUAGAGGCAAUAUCAGAUACGUUACUGAAACGUAAACCCCCGCCACAAAAUGCUUCAACAUUACCCCAACCCCUGUCAUCGACUAACUUCCUGUAUGAGUUAGACAGAGUUACCACAGAAAUAGUACAAGUGAUAAUAGCUGCAUUAAAAACAUUUGUACCUGGAGACAAAAUCAAUAUACCUAGUUCUACAGAUAAAUUAAAUCUCUGCCGACCGUUUACACUGGCUGAACUUCAGCGUAGCAGACGACAGUUUAUUACAUAUACUAAAAUGCAUCCUGUAGACGAUAUCUCGAAAAUAGGAAAUAUGUUUGUGCAAUAUUUAAACAAUACUUUAAAGUGACAGUGUCUGGUGACAUAUUUUAUUUUGUUUUUAUAUAAAAUGAAUAAAAAUUGAAGCAAUU